UUGACAGUUUUGACGUUUCGCCCGAAAGUAAAAUAGACAAGCUAAAAUGUAACAAUGGUGUCCGGGAAACAGGAAAAACGAAAACUACCCUCGAAAGAAAUGGUAUUCGAAAUUAACGACGAAGACGUUUCACCAGACAAUUCCGAUAACGAAUGCAAAGAGACGGACGCCAAACAUUUCAGAUCGGACCCUAAAUUCGUCGAAACCGUUGUAAAUGCGAUUUCUAACCUAGAAAACGACAACAAAACAGACCCAUCAAAUUCGCAUGUAAACGCUGUUAACCAGGAAAAUAAUGUUACUACAGUUGUACAAGACGACACUAUCUUAAUUUUAGAUUGUAUAGACGGCGAGAAAUCCCAAAAUUUAGUCGAAACAAGCCUAAUCGUUCUGGACGAAACUGGAAAUGAAAAUGGCGAAAUCGAACCAUCCUACGAAGAAGGCGAACUCUCCGUAAGCGUAAACAUCUCAAACCAAUGCCUCCCCGACGAACGAACCAUCGAAAUAAAAUUCUCCUCCAACGAUCUAAGCGAAACCUACAAAACCAAAUUCCUAAACUUCUUCAAAUCCUUCACGGAACUCAGCGUACUCAAAGACGACCAAUCCUCGCUCGUCCUAAAGCAAACCCACCCUUCGGAUAGCCCUUUCGAAACCUCCUCCACGCCGGACAAAUCCAAAAAGAAGAAAAAGAAAACCGCCAAAAAGGAGAAAGCCUGCUUCGUGUUGGACACGAACCCCUCGCAAGACGAGACCCCCAACAGCGCCUACACCAAAUACAUGAGCAAAUUCCACAUAGACCUCGACAAAGAGGAGGACCCCAAGGCGCCCGGGCAAGUCUGCUUCAACUGCGAGGGCGGCCACUGCCUCAGGGACUGCCCCCUGCCCAAGAACUUCACCAAAAUCCACUCGAUGCGGCAGAAAUUCAAAAAAGACAAACAAGUCUCGCUCCGGGAGGCGUUGGGCAUCGACAAGAACCAACUGCCGCCUUACAUAUACCAAAUGCGCAUGCUCGGCUAUCCGCCCGGCUGGCUGGAAGAGGCCAAAUUCGUCUACUCCAAUUUGGCCAUGUUCGAUCCGGACGGGAAGUCCCUCAGGCUGGAGAACCGCCGGAAACAGCGGAAUUUGGAUUCGACCAAAGUCAUCGAGUAUCCGGGUUUCAACGUGCCCAUGACGGACGAUUGCAUCGAUGAGUACAAGCAGUACAGGGUACCGCCUUAUUCCGAGCAAUACAACAAGGCGGCCAUGAUCGAGUAUUUCGAAAACGAAUUUUCCAAACAACAGGACGAUUUCGAGGUGCAGGAUAUGGAUAUCGAUAACGAUGAGGAUAAGUGUAAUGAAACAUCUAAUAGGGCGGAGGCCAUCAGGGAAGCCGACAAGAACGUCCCGUCGCCGUCGCUGGUGGACUUGGAAGCGCAAAAACGCAACCUUUUGGCCGCCCUGGAGGACUCUUCGGCGUUGAAAUCGGACGAAAACGCCGGCGAAUUGCAAGACCUCUCCGAAUCUUCAACUGCGAACAAAACCUUCGAAAGCGGUGGAGGAGAAGAAGAAGAAGAAACGUCGACUGCAAACAAAACCUUCGGAGGAGAAGAAGAAGAAAAGCGUUCGAGAAACGUGCUGAAGAGCACAUUCGGAACGCCGAUUUUGAAGAGCGGUUCGCCGUAUUCGCGACUGCCUGAUGCCGAUAAUUUCACGAAGGACGUGAGUCCUGUGAUUAAUUUCGAGAAUCUGCCGAAUUCGACGGGGAAGUACGAGAAGAUGUCGGGGUUGUUGCAGAAGGUGAGAGAGACGUUGAAGAAACCGGCGGAAGUUGAAGAGGAGACGACGUGAUGGCGCGACAUUUUUUAUUUGCCAGUACAAAUGAUUUUUUUUAUUACGUGUAUAUGUAUAGAAUUUAAUGAUGAAAUUUAUAAAAGGUGAAUCGUAUUUUAUUGUAAUUCGAAAUUCGAAAAAUAAAAGUGAUUAUUUGAUAA